AUGGCCCUAUACGAUCCCAAGCAUGCGCCGGCUGAGCACACCAGCCCGUCCAGCUAUGCCGGCGAACGGGAUUUCGCCAACAUCGACCCGGAUAGUGGUGUCAAGCGCGGCCUCAAAACCCGACAUCUCUCAAUGAUGGCUUUGGCUGGUAUCAUCGGACCUGGCAUUCUCAUCGGUACAGGUGGAGCUCUCGCGAAUGGCGGACCGGCCGCUUUACUCAUUGGAUUCGGUAUCAUUGGCAUCGUCGCAUUCAGUGUGACGCAAUCGCUUGGAGAAAUGACUACCCUCUAUCCUACCGGUGGCGCGUUCGUUACCCUGUCUGAGAGAUUCGUCGACAAGGCUUUUGCGGUAGCCGUGGGGUGGAAUUACUGGCUCUUGUGGGGUUGUGUGCUUGCCAACGAAUACAACGUCAUCUGCUCGCUCCUGGUUUUCUGGAGCGACAAGGUUCCGCUUUGGGGCUACUUCCUCAUUUUCUGGUUUGCUUUCCUCGCAUUCCAGAUGCUUGGCGUGGAAUCCUUUGGUGAGGCCGAAUUCUGGCUUGCGCUGAUGAAAGUCUUCGGUCUCAUUUCCUACUUCAUGUUCUCCAUCAUCUACGCUGCUGGGGGCUUGAUCGGCCAACAGGAACCAUUGGGUUUUCGGUAUUGGAACGAUCCUGGUCCCUGGUCGAAUGGUUUCCGUGGUGUCGCAACUGUAUUCGUGUUUGCAUCCACAUUCUACGCUGGAGUGGAAGCUGUUGCGGUCGCAGCUACAGAAACGAAGAAUCCGAGUGUCGCAGUUCCUCUUGCUAUCCGGCAAGUCAUCUGGCGAAUUUUGUUUGUCUACAUGGGCGUCGCCUUCUUCUUCGGUCUCACUUGCCCAUCCAACGCUGAUGGUCUGGUCAACGGAGAGAGCCGGGCGCUCAAAAGUCCGAUGACAAUCGCGAUCCAAAAUGCUGGAUGGGAGGGCGGUGUGCAUCUCAUCAACGCAUUCAUUUUCAUCACCGUCCUUUCUGCAGCGAACAGCUCCAUCUAUAUUGGAUCGCGGACUCUUCUAUUCAUGGCCCAGCAGGGGAUGGCCCCACGCUUCAUUGGAAAGACAAAUUCUCGCGGCGUUCCCGUCUAUGCCAUGCUCAUCACAAACUUGUUCGGCGUUCUAUCUAUGAUGAAUGUUUCCACUGGUGGAGGCAAAGCGUAUGGGUACAUCAUAAACCUGAGUGGUGUCUGUACCUUCAUUGUAUGGGGCGCUAUCUCUUACACACACAUCCGGUUCCGCAAAGCCUGGUCUGCUCAAAACCGGUCCCCCGACGAUUUGCCAUUCAAGUCUAUUGCUUAUCCUUGGAACGCAUAUUUUGGCCUCAGUGCCAACAUUUUCCUCGCUCUCGUCCAAGGCUGGACUACACUGAGCCCAUUCGAUGCUGGUACAUUUGUCGACGCUUAUAUUCUGCUGCCGCUGUUUGGCGUCAUCUUUGUGGGAUACAAGUUUUGGUUCAAGACGAAAUUUUGGCACAGCGACGAAGUUGAUCUUGAUUCCGGAAUGAGAAAAGAUUUGGAUGCCAAAGAGAUUCCUGAAGAAGCUGAAGUCGCUUCUCCAAAGCAAAGCUGGGUGAAGAAACUAUGGUCGAACUUUUGA